GCAUGCCCAAAUACUGAGGCUCACUAACCAGGAAGUUGGUUUCUCAUGGGAAUGGGACGAAUGGGAGUAUCUCAUGUUUGACUGCCGUGUUUGAUUGGAGGUGAUGAUCCUGUUUGAGAGCAUUUGUGGUAGAGUUUCUUGUUUUUUAGCCCUUUUAGUGGUUUUAAUCGCCGCCGCUUUACAGAUUUUAGAAAAUUCUGAAUCCAUUGACGUUUCAAGCAUGGACCUGAAAACAUUAGAUGAAACCUACAGGGGGAAAAAUAAAAGCUGUUUUAUUCUUGGUGCCUCUGGGGAAUCAGGAAAAGUGCUGCUCAAAGAAAUUGUGGAAAGAAAACUAUUCUCCAGAAUCACACUCAUCGGUAGACGACAGCUCACAUUUGAAGAUAAAGCCUUUGAGAAUGUGGCUCAAGAGGUUGUUGACUUUGAGAAGUUGGAUGACUAUGCUGCAGCAUUUCAAGGCCACGAUGUGGGAUAUUGUUGCUUGGGAACAACCAAAGCUAAAGCUGGAACAGAAGGUUUCAUUCGGGUAGACCACGACUACGUUCUCAAAUCAGCAGAGCUCGCUAAGGCAGGAGGCUGCUCCCAUUUUAAUCUUGAGUCGUCGAAAGGCGCAGACAAAACAAGUGGCUUCCUAUACCUCAAAGUCAAGGGACAGGUAGAGGCUGAUAUUGAGCAAUUGGACUUUGAGCGCUAUUCCAUCUACCGACCUGCAGUUCUCCUGGUGGACAGACAGGAGAGCAGAGCAGCAGAAUGGAUGGCAAGGAAGUUCCUUGGUGCGUUCUCUAGUGCGUUUCCGACAGCAAUGUCCAUUCCUAUCACUUCCGUAGCCAGAGCCAUGUUGGCCAAUACUGUUAUCCAGGGAGAGAAGAAAGUAGAAAUCCUGGAGAACAAGGCAAUGUAUGACCUUGGGAAACUGGGGGUGAAAUGAAAAAAGUUGUUGUAUUUAUAUACAGUUAAACUUAAAAAAAAAUAAAAAAUAUAUAACAUCUGUGCCUAAGGCCUGAUAUGCACUUUUUAUGUUGGUGAAAGGGAAUAUAAAUAUAUUUAUAUGUGAUGAUUUCACUCCAUCGCACUUCAAAGGCUUUCUCUUACAGUAUAAGGGAAAAGAUGAAUAUAUUGCCAUGUCAUUAAUAAUUGGACUACCACUGUUUUAGUGGCAAUGUAUAUAUAUAAUAUACAUUGCCACUAAUCUUACAUGCAGCUAAACCUUGGAUAAUGCAAGACAUUGGUAUGUUACCUGCAUUUUCAUUUGGUUAAUAAAGACUUUGUAAUACUA